UGACAAUGGCAGUCCGAUACGAGCUGUGUAUUGGCCUUAACCGAGGCCACAAGACCACCAAAGUCAAGAAUGUUAAGUAUACCGGCGACAAGAAGGUCAAGGGUCUGCGUGGCUCCCGUUUGAAGAACAUUCAAACCCGUCACACAAAAUUCACCCGCGAUCUGGUCCGUGAGGUGGUUGGACACGCGCCCUACGAGAAGCGCACCAUGGAAUUGCUGAAGGUGUCCAAGGAUAAGCGUGCCCUCAAGUUCCUGAAGCGUCGCUUGGGCACACACAUCCGUGCCAAGAGGAAGCGUGAGGAACUGUCCAACAUUCUCACUCAGCUGAGGAAGGCUCAGACUCAUGCCAAGUAAAACGUUGGCAGCCAACAACAGAAACCAGCAGCAGCAGAUUCAACAACAACA